AUGUGGAGAUCUGAACUAAGAUAUAUGAGUCACUGGGGUUCGAAGAGUACGCCUGUUGUCGGAGGGCUUCAAACUUAUGAGCUUCCAGGCUCUUUGAGGCAUUGUAUCCAUACAGAAGUUCAAACCAAGUUGCUCGGGAUUUUGAUUUCAACCGCAGUACAAAGUGCAAGCGGUAUCGAGUGGAACUAG